UCAUCAUAACAAUGAGACAAAUAGGAAGAAUAAAAAUACAAUGCAAGAAUUGACGACACAUAGAAAGAGAAAAAGGGGUCCGAAUCUUUGUAGUAACUGUAAAAAACCAGGUUAUAACAUUGCUAGGUGUCCUAAAAAAGAUGUAGAGCAAACAAGUGAGGAAGAGACAGAAGGAGAGAUGAA